GGAAACUGAGCGUGUGAGAGAGAGAGUGAGUGAGAGAGAGAGAGAGAGAGAGAGAGAGAGAGAGCCAUAAUGACUGUUACUACUCGCAGUGUAAAUCAGUUGCACGGCGCGCGCGUUCACAGCUCCGGUACCGGAGAGGGUGAAGGUGGAAUGUAAGCCGGUCAUCCUCACUCCCACUGACCCUCCGGCACCGUGACGCCUGCUGUCGUCUUUUUGGUUUGAAAUAUGACUAUAAAGUAGAGUUUCUUCCUGGAAUGUUUUUGGGGCACUUUUUCCCCCUCUCUCGGCGGGGGGAUAUGGAGCUGGUGGGUCGGCGCUUCUUGUGCGUAAGCGGCGGAGAGGAGCGCGAGCUGGGCGGCGUGGCGCGCUGGGGCUGGAAAGGCGGACUGAUCCGCGCUGUGAGCGGCAGCGUGCACACGGACAGCGCCGGGGUCUCAGUGUGUGUGGAGUGGGACGGCGAGCCGUCAGCGGAGUGUAAAUGGAGAAGUCUCAGAGAGGAGUGGGAGGUGUUUGUGCUGGAGCACGAGCUGGUAUGGGCCAAGAGGAACAGCACCUCACAGGAGAACAGCUCUCUACAGCUUGCACUGGUUUUCCAGCCCCUAAUUGGUCAAUCGUGUGUGGGUGGAGUGACAGUGGUGGAGUUCCUGUCAGACAGAGAGUUGGAGUUCUACACAGAAAGAGAAGCACUUCGUCCGUAUGAGGGGGAAGUGGACGGCGGGAACUUGCUGCUGAGAGACCUUUCAAGCCAUGAGCAGCUCCAGGCUUGGCUCAGACAUCGUCAGCUCCAGCACAUUCUUCAGCUAGGACACAGCAGUGUUAAGGGCCUCAGGGUGAAGGUGUUCCAACCCGACUCCAAACCUCAGUGGCUUCAUGGCAUUGUCAGCCAUCAUGAGCACAACAGCAGAACCAUGACUGUCAUGAGCGACCAGAUAGCAGAGCCUAUGAGUGUGGACCCUGUGCUUGUACAUGUGCUGGUUCUGGACGACAUUAGCCAGUUGUUAUUAGUGGAAGAAAAUUCUGCAACAAAUUGUAAACCUCACACUAACAAGAUCAGCAGGAUCAGCCUGAAUGCAGGAAACAGGUCAAGAAACACUACAGAAACAGACAAGGUGUGUAGCUCGGGGCCAGUGCAGAGGAAACAGCGAGAGCUGUGCAGCGAAAACUCCAACUGCAGCCCGACAGAGGACAUCACAAACGGGAUGAGGGAGGAGUGCAGAGCUGAUGAAGCUAGAGCAGAUUCCUCAAAGAGUAGGAUCAGCCUUGGUCAGAGGAAGAGGAGGAAACCAGGGACAAGGAAGAGCAGGAUGAAAAGGACAGUAGGAGUGUUGGGUUCAAAAGGCAGAAAGGUAACAGUGACUCUGAUCAGUCAGAGUGCAGUGAUUCGGAGGGCAACAUCUUGGACUCCAAAAGUCUACAGAGAAAAUCUUCAAAGAAGCCAGCCGAGUGCUUGACAGUCCAAUGCUGCAGCACAUAUAGGACAUGACCUGAAGGCUCACUUGUCCCCCAAAAUCAUAGAACUUUCUUCCAGCCAGUUAGCAGAGAAUGAAUGUCAGACAGUAGGGAAAGUAAUGCCCUUGCAGGGUCAUUUAACCAACACACCCUGCAACAGAGUGUAUCAAACAGUCAAUUCACUACAGUGCACCAUGAGAUUGGGGUGUGAUAAAGAAGAGAAUGAACGUGGAGAGAGAGUGACCGAGAUGGAGGGUCGGAGUGAAGGUGCAUCACAAGAGGACUGUGAAGCUGUCUCUGCUCUACUGGCAUCUCAAGAGAAUGAGCAACUGGUUUCCUUAGAGCCUGCAUGCGUGUUAUUACACACAUCAGCAUCCGAAUGUGGAGGGGUUGAGUGUGAACAGGAGAUUAUACCUGGUGACUCAGAGGGCAAGACAAUUGAAUCAACAUGCACAGAUGCCAUUACACCGAAUGGCAAUUCAUUAGAAGCAGUAAAAGAAGAGCCCAAAGUAGUGUUGACUCACUCUCCCAACAUGCUUUGCAACAAAAAGGUUGAUGCCGUUAAAGUACAUAAGUCAGUCCAGUCUCCUAGAGCUACUAGUCCUAGACAUGAUGCUGCUCUUUUUUCAGAAAUCUCCCACAAGGCCACUGUAAGCUCAAGUCCAUGUGCCUCUCUUGAGGAGACUUCCAAGCUACCAAAUAUUACAGAGGUUACCAGACUAAAGUGCAGUGCCUCUCCUCAAGCUGCCAAGAUCGAAGAGAGCAGUUUACUAUCAAAAGUCAGUACUGAUGACGUUCAUAUUGGCUUUAACAACACACAUUGUUCCAAAGUGACCCCUUCUUCGACACUUAAUCAAUUGAAUGCCUCGUCUCCCAGCAAAACAGACACACAAGCUCAAUCAAGGACCUCUCCUCAGAAUAUUGCCCAUACUUCUAAUCACACACUUACUCCAGACAAAUCAACUAGGAACCCACUGAUCAUUGACAGAAAUGAGCCUUUCACUGUCUAUCGAGAUCCAGCACUUGUGAGGAGAGAACUGGAGAGUCUCUCUCCCUAUGUCCAACUUCCACACACCCCACCCAAUCUCCAUUCAAAACACCAUCUGAGCCCAUCUCCUUCUUCCAGCUCCCCCAGCCUUACCCCACCACUUCACACCAAGAUCAUGAGUCCCGCUGCACAUCUCUCACCUCUUCCCCUUCCCUCCCAGUCUCCUUUAUGCUCUACUCACCCCUCUAUCCCCCACCCUCACCUACUUCCAGCUCUCUUGCCCGGUUUGCCCCCAUCCUCAGCACUCCUGGCUGGACAUGCUCGGCUGGGGCCUCUGGGACUUCCCCAUCACCCACUGGCUCUACAAGCAGCCCCAUCUCUUCUAGGCCAGGGCCCUGGAACUGCUUCCCUGGCACCAAUGGGCCUGUAUCCAGUACUCUGGCCACCUUUUCCUAAUGGGGUGCAUGGCUAUGGUCUGGGAAUACCAGGGCCCAAGUGGACUCCUCCAGAGACCUCAAGCAUCUCUGAGGCUACACGGAGGAGGACUACACCAAACCCUUGGGUCCCUCAGACCUCUCCUGUAACCAGUGUAGAAAAUCAGGUUUUGCGACCCCUACUGCCUGUACGUCCUUCAAGCACUGAACCCCAGAGACCAUCCAGGAUUACCCAGCCCAGCACCCCUAUCUCUAAAAGUACAGAGGAAUCAGAGUUCAGUGCGUUCACAGAGGAACAAAGCUCCAUCAAGAUGCAGCUGAAGGCCGAACAGGAGCGUAUAAGGGCAGUAGUGGGAAAGAAUGGACACGUAUCCCAUUCCACAGUCACAGAGUCACCUUCUGCUUGCGCCAAACAGCCCCAGUUGUUGUUUGACCUCACAGGUGACCACACCAGCUGUUACCAGGAAGAGAGUCGCCGCAUUCUGCAGGAGAGCAUUGAAGUAGCACCAUUCACAGCCAAACUCAGCUCAGAUAAAGAACCCUAUCCUAAAAGCCCCACUCCUUCACUAAAUUUUAAAGAGAGAGAGAAAGAACGACAGCAUGAGAGAGAGAUGCACAUUUUCAGACAUAGCGUGCCUCCUAGGUUGCAAUCAGCCCAGCCUUCACCGACACUUACCCAGAGUAGCUACUACACUCCAGCAGCUGGCAGUGUGGAGAACAAGGCUUCUACUCGUAGAGCUCCACCCAGCAAAGAGCUGUAUGAGAGACUGAGUUCCCCAAACACUGCUGCCUCUGUCCUCUCUUUAUCUAAUACACAGAGUACUGUCAAAGCUAGACCUCCACCCCUUGUCAAGCAUAACCCUGAGAAAGAUGAGGGUCUACUGUGCAAGAUUACAGAGCAGUUGAUUUCAAAAGCUGUUUCAGUGGACUUACUGGAAGUCAGUACUAUGGAGAGAAAAGUCUCCUCUGCUUCUCUUACUCCAGUUUCUUCUUCUUCUUCUUCUUCUUCUUCUUCUUCUUCGUCUUCUCGUGUUGUCCCCUCGCUGCACAGGGCUCCCAUUUUCCAUCCCCCAGCCUUACCCAUUGUGACGUCUAAAGAGGCAGGGCAGGGUAGGUUGUCCCCACCGACCUUGACACCCGUCCAGCCAAUGGGCUUAUCUGGGAAAGGUCAGAAUCAACACAGACCUCCAACAUUAAUACCAGAGCUUAGACACGGAGCAAUUGCUGGAAAGAGAGCCGCUCCUGAGCCAAUAUCCUUCGCAAAAAAGGGUUAUGAUUUGCAUAGGGGUGGAGUUUUGCACAAUCGAGAACGAGCGCUAGGAGGUCAUGCAGUCAAUGGAGGCUUGGCGAAUACACAGGCAGCUACGGCGUCUGUCAUUGUUCGUUCUUCUGGCUACAUGCACAUGCCUGUGAACCACACCAUCACCGAAAGGUCACUUUCUCAAGUUCAGUGUGAACAUGUGCGAGCGUUUGAAAAAUUGCCCAACACACACUUGAAGGAUAGCAACGGUCAAUGUAAGAGGGGCAUCCUGUGGACCCCUGUGGACACAGUACACCCUGUUAACAUGGUCACUUUAAAGCAUGACAUUAACACACCUUUGAACAUGACUAAAAAUAUGAGUUCUCAUUAUUCAAAUCAUAGUGUGAAAUAUUCUGUAAAUAUAGAUACACCACACUUUAGAAUAGACUCCAAGGAAUGUGAAAAAGAGAUGGAGGAAAUUAAUAAGGUAGUUCAGCCAAAGGUGAAUCUCUCCUGUUGCCUCUCUAGAGACAUCCCUCAUGUAAAGAAACGCAGAGCUGGACUAGCUGCUUUAGAAUCGAAACAAAUGCAUGCUGUUCAGCCUCUGACCACUAUGGACACUUUGAAUGCUACCAAGAGUAGAUACAUUUGCACUACAAACAGUACACAUACCAAAUGCACUGCACACAAUCUGGACCACGAUAAAGAGUCGAUAUUCAAUCCCAGCCCAGCCAAAUAUCCCAGGUUGGCACCUGAGGUCACUGGAUUUGUAGCCAACAAACCGGAUUCAGUGGCAAAAGUUCAGCCACUUACUUCUUUAGCCCAUACUAACCAACCUGCCCAGUCUGGUCAAAUCAAUUACCACAAACUGAAAAAAGCUUGGCUUACCCGGCACUCUGAGCAGGACAGAGGUAGUAUCACUUCAGAGACAGCAGGGGGCAGUACCACACUAACCACAACAACCACUGUCUCUCUGCCAAUCAAACAGGAGGUGAAUGGACUGGAGGAUAAAUGGUCCACACAGGAGGGCAAAGAACAUUUUCUGGAUAAUAGGAAAUGUAAAACUUUAGACAGGAAAUGCCUCAUUGAAGACAGGAACACCAAUGGAAGCAAUGUUAAGUCCAACAUGGAGGAUAAAAAAACACCUCUCACCUUGGAAAAUAAAGUUACUUUUGAAGACGUAAAGCCCACCAUAGAGAGAAAUGGCAACUUGCAGGGCAAGAAGCCUCAUUUUCAGAAUAAGAAACUAUGCAUUAAUAUAAGGAAGCCAAGCCCAAUUGACAUAAAGAUAGAGAAGGAUAAUCAUGGGGAGAAGAGGAUCUUUCAGUCCAGCUUUCAAAGUGAGAUUGGAGGGGACUCAGGCACCGAAAGUGAGUGUCAUAAAUUUAACCCAGGGAGCAUACAGCGCCCCAAACCGGUAUUCAGAAAGAAGCCAAAUGACAAUGAAGAUGAAGAGGGUGAAGACGAUGAGGCAAAGCUUAAUGGCACAAUCCAGAGUACCAAAGAGAAAUCUCAGCACAGGCUGCCUAGCAACGGCAUUGGUCGUUCAGUGUUAAAGGACUGGAGGAAGGUAAGAAAGCUAAAGCAGAGUGGCGAGGCAUUCUUGCAGGAUGACUCGUGUGCAGAGAUUGGCGCAAAUGUCCAGAAAUGCCGGGAGUGUCGCUUGGACCGUUCACGCAAGGCCCAGGAACCUGUCCUUUCACCUGUGUUCUGUCGCUUCUACUACUUUCGCAGAUUGUCAUACAGCAAGAAUGGAGUUGUGCGCGUAGACGGCUUUUCUGUAGUUGAGGACACUGAUGAAGAAGCAGUGCGUGUGUGGGUGGCGGGCUUUGAGGUCCAAGAGGAAGACAAGCAAUGGGAGAUGGAGCUGGACACAGCCAAAUAUAUUCUCACACUCAUAGGAGACAAGUUUUGCCAGCUUGUCAAGACAGAAAACAUCGCUGUCACAUGGGUCAAGAAAGACACCCAGGUGAUGUGGAAGCGAGCGGUGAGAGGUGUGAGAGAGAUGUGUGAUGCGUGUGAGGCUACUCUGUUUAAUAUGCAUUGGGCCUGUCACAAAUGCGGCUUUGUGGUUUGCAUGGACUGCUACAAAGCCCGGGAGAGGAAGUGUGCCAAAGAUAAAGAGCUAUAUGCAUGGGUCAGGUGUGUAAAAAAUCAACCCCAUGACCUGAAGAACCUUAUGCCUACUCAAAUAGUCCCAGAGAGAGUUUUAGCAGAUUUACAGAGUGCCAUGCACUCUAUAAGAAGCGAAUACGGAAUACCCUCUCAGUGCUUGUGCUUUGGUAGCACUGCUUUCCUCUCCAGAUCCACCAUUACCAAUGGCCUUAUCCAGGUUUCUGAGAAAAUGCAGUGCGACUUGAAAAGCCAGCAGCAGAAGAACAUACAGAACACUGUUCACAAGAUCCCCACAGAGAGAAUCGGAAAAUUGGACCGCGAUGAUAUGGAGACUUUGGGCAGGAAGUCAGGUAGCCCAGAGCAGGGCUCCACUUUGCGUGAGCUCCUGACAUCCACAGCUGGAAAACUGCGUCUGGGAUCCACUGGGCCUGGAAUUGCCUUUGCACCAGUUUAUAACAACACCGAUCAGACUGCUCAGAAAGCUUGCAUGCCCAGCCUCCUGGAUGACAUUAUCGCCUCAGUAGUGGAAAACAAAAUUCCUGCAUCAAAGAUGGCCAAACUUGGGUUGAACCAGGAUUUGCUGACAGAUAAAGAGAAAGAGUCGGUGCGGGAAAAAUUGAAGCCUGUUCGAAUCCCAUUGGCUGACCCACAUACCAACGUUCCACAUGAUUGGAUAGGCAGCUACCGGUUGCUUUGGCUUAAAGAUCACCAUCACCUAGGCAACCAAAGACUGUUCAAAGAGAACUGGACACAAGAGCAGCCAGUGCUGGUCUCUGGUUUGCACAAGAGUCUGAAUGCUAGUCUGUGGAAGCCAGAGCACUUCAGCAGAGAAUUCUCAGCACUCCACAGUGAUUUCUACAACUGCCGUGAUGGCAGCAUCAUUAACACCUGUGUCAAGGAAUUCUGGGAUGGAUUCGAGGAUGUGUCAAAGAGAACUAAAUCUGCUAAAGGUGACCCUGCUGUAUACAGACUGAAAGACUGGCCAUCAGGGGAAGAGUUCCUGGCGCUCAUGCCAUCCAGGUAUGAAGAUGUUAUGAAGGCAUUGCCAGUUCCUGAAUACACCAGUCCAGAUGGUACCCUCAACCUGGCCUCUCGCCUUCCAUCGUUCUUCAUUCGGCCAGAUCUAGGUCCUCGCCUCUGCUGUGCACAUGGUGUGACAGUAUGCCCAGAGCAGGACUUUGGAACCAGCAAUCUGCAUGUCGAAAUUUCUGACACUAUGAGUAUUCUGGUCUACGUGGGUGUAGCCAAGGGCAAUGGAGCGCUCUCCAAGUCAGGAGUUUUGAAGCUCUUGGAGAAAGAGGACCUGGAUGAGGGUGCAAAGAAGAGGCUGAGAGAUCCCAAUGAAAUUCCAGGUGCACUGUGGCACAUCUACCUGAGCAAAGAUCUUCAUAAGAUCCAGGAAUUUCUCCAAACGGUAGCAGCAGAGCGUGCUGAGGCAGACACUGAGGCAGGCUCUGAGGCAGAAUGGGAGAGUGAGGCAGACCCCCUUCGUGAGGGGAGCUGGUACCUAAGCCCGAAGCUGCGGCAGAGGCUGCUGGAAGAACACAGUGUGGAGAGUCGCACGCUGCUGCAGUUCUACGGAGACACUGUGAUUAUCCCUGCCGGAGCUCUGCACCAGGUGAUGAAUUUGCACAGCUGCAUUCAGGUGAAUGUGGACUUUGUGUCCCCUGAGCAUGCCCACAACUCAUAUUACCUGACCCAGGAGCUCCGCCCUCUCAAAGACCAAGUUAAUUAUGAGGACAAAUUGCAGGUAAAGAACAUCUUCUACCACUCGGUGAAGGAUGCCGUGGCCGCUUUGAGCCGGCAUUUAAAAGAGCAGAGCACAGAGGAGGUGAAGGAGGAAGAAUGCUGACGGAAUUCAUGCUCACUCGUGUGAGCGCGGCGCCAGGUGCAGACCAUCUCCAGAUCCCUCCUGCUAUUAGAACCGAUUCUGAAUGCAUACUCUUCACACCAAUGACCAUGAACACUAUUUUGCUUCAGUGCAAGGACCCAUCACAUUUCCUCCAUGAUGUCACCAUAUUCUGUUUGAUUAUUGUUGCUAUAUCUUCUCCAGAGCUCAGCCCCACCCCAAGAUCUUCCUGCUUGGCCAGGAAGUGAGGUGAGAUGCUGAGGUUUGUCUGAACAGUGGAACAGAGGAAGUGGAAUUCUCUCUGUCCUGUGCAGGCAGCUGCAGAGUUGCUGAGUAGGAAGAGAGGUGAACUGCUAAGCACAGCACUUUUUAGCUCUAAUGCUGUACAUGCUAUAGGCUGUGAAUAUCCAAUGCAAAAGAACAACCACCAAUGGCAUUUUUCUCCAGAAGAUGAGGCUCUGAGGCGUAUUCUUAAUCAGUAGUUAUUGUGCUGCUAACUGUUAGCUACACUUGUCUGCCGAGGUUCAGACAGUCGGGAGAGCAGCUAGGCCAACACAACCAUAGCAGCAUUCCUUUGCGUCAGCCAACGCCAAGCUGUUAGCUUUUAUUGUUUAUGUUUCAAGGUGAUAUUAAAUUAUUAACAGUUUGGCUGGUAUUCACUGUGCAGAAGGAGAAUAUAAAGGAAUUUGCAGUAUAUGAUGUGUUUGUUUAAAAAAUUAAAAAAAAAAAUUCAUGUGGACUUUUCAGCUGAAAUAUAUGUAAAUAGCAGAAUAUACAUAUAUAAUAUAUUAAUUAUGAUUUUUCUAUAACAUGGUGUGCUUUAUUUGCUGUAUGUGUUGUUUGCUACUGUAUGUACAUUGAAGCUAAAGAGAUGUUUUACAUUUUCCAUUAAAAAUGGAAUCGAACAAGAA